GGCACCGAUGACCUCGGCCAAUGUUCAGUGAGGUUUCUCCUGCACAGCACUGCCCGCACACGAGAAAUUCUAGCUGCGUCAAAGACCGCUAUGGCUUCCGGAGGUGAAAGGAACUAAGCUGAGGUUGCCAGCAGGAGCAAAGAAGUUCGGAGUUAGAAAUGGAGUCGAGAUAUCUUCAAAAGCACCUUGGGAAAUGCCUAACUCAGGGUCUUGCAGAAGUGGCAAAACAUCGCCCAGUGGAUCCGAUAGAAUACCUAGCACUGUGGAUUUAUAAGUAUAAGGAAAAUGUGACCAUGGAGGAACUGAGACAAAAGGAAAUUGCCGACCUGAAGCGUGAAAGAGAACUAGCCCGGCUGGAGCAGGAGCGGCUGGAGAGGCUCAAAGCAGAGGAGCUCCUGUUUCAGCAGCAACAGCUGGCCUUACAGCUGGAGUUAGAAAUGCAAGAGAAAGAGAGGCAGAGAAUAGAACAACAGAGAAUUCAAGAACAAUUAGAGAAGGAGAUGAGAAUGAAUAUGGAAAAUAUAGCUAAGGGUGAAGGUGGUUCACUUUCAGAGGAUGCAGCCGCAGCAGCAGAAGCAGCAGCCAAGACGCUAGCGGAGAUCAGUGACCGCUAUGGGGCGCCUAACUUGAGCCGAGUGGAAGAACUUGAUGAGCCAGUCCUGUCGGAUGUCGCAUUAAAUAUUGAUCAAGAUUUGUAGGAUCAACCAAGCUAAGAGUAAUAAAUUUUUCAAAAUACCAACUAUCCAACUGUAGUUUUAGCUCUCAAGCUUGAACUUUACUCCCUCCC